AUGCUGCUACAAUACCGCCAGAGGGCGGCAAAAACCAUACCCCAGACAAUAAUGUACUUCAUGCACAUGACAAUAUUAUCGUCGGGAGUCGCGCCAGUAUAAAUACAAGCGGUGUUCCGGAGCAGAGCUCAUUUUUCAAUCUAAUAGUCAGCAGUCCUUGCAUUCCGUUACCCCUUGUGUUACUGUGCGAACAAUUUCACGAAAUCAGUAUCCAUGGCUGCUGCUUUCCCCAAGUCGAUUCUCAUCACAGGUGCUAACAGAGGUCUUGGUUUGGAGUUAGUCAAGCAGAUUUUGCAGAAGAGCGACGGUGCGACAAAGCAUAUCUUUGCCGCACACCGAAGUCCACUUGGCAGCGAUGGCACGCAGCAAAUCGAGCAGUUGAGCAAGGAGCACAGCGGUAGAGUGCAUUUGGUGCAGAUCGAUGUGACCGACCAGGACACUAUCAAGAAAGCGGCGCAGUUUGUCGAGACAAUCGUAGGAGGCGAUGGCCUCAACGUUCUCGUCAACAAUAGCGGUGUGGCUUCUUGGCAGACGAGCCUGGACGAUGUGACCUUCGAAACCCUGGACCAUCAUCUGAAGGCCAACACCAUUGGCCCGAUUCUGGUGCUCAAAGGCUUCCAUGCUUUGUUGAAACGUGCUGCAGAGGUGAACAAAGAUAUGCCGCUGGGUUGGCAACGUGCUGCUGUACUCUACACUACCACAAUAAUGGCCUCCCUUGAGCUGGCUGACAAAGGUAACUUCAGCGUCGAGAAUCCCAUGGUCAGGUUUUACAGCUAUCGCGCGAGUAAAGGUGCUCUGAACGUCCUGGGUCAUUCGUUAACACCUGAGCUAAGCGAGCAGGGAAUAGCCUCGCUCCUGUUCCAUCCGGGAUGGGUGAGGACGGAUAUGGGCGGUGAACAAGGUGAUCUAAGUCCGGAGGAAUCGAUCGCAGGAGUACUGAAUGUGGCCCAACGAUUGGACAAGGAUACCAACGGAAAGUGUGUCAGCUGGGAAGGCGAAAUCAUCCCGUGGUGAGCGGAGACAAUUGUGUGUCUUUAAUCGUUCUUUACCUUUUGCUCCUCAGCCCUAUUUGACUGCACUUCAUUUCCUGAUAUUCGAAAACUUGAAGUAUCGAAGCAAUUUAAGGAAUAGGUUCCAGAUGUAGGUAAACCCUCAUUAAAUUGGUCCUCUUUCCUGCCUGUGUCACUCUGGGUGAUUUUGGCCGUCGUGAGUUCCUUGUGGACAGAAACGAAAAGUACUCGUUAUUAUUUACCUCGCACAUCCUGAUAGACAUGCUUUGGAAUGUGCAUUCCUUUUCUGGUAUGGUAAGAGUAGUGAAUUGUAGUGCUGUGUCCAGAAGCUCGUGUUCAGGUUGCCGUCAAGCAGGUCGGAUAUAAUAAUAUCAUUAGCUUGAUUUGUGUUUCGUCGCUCCUAGUUAUUAUUAUCGUUGCACGCAUUUCAUUUCUCAGGCAAGGCCAGCAUUGCAAGAUACUACAAGUAAGAAAAAUGACAAUGGCUAUAAUUUAUUUAAUCUUCAGGACAGAUACAUGUAUGAUGUUUGCAAUGCUACUUGCCCUGUCGGGCUAUGAUCAAUCAUGAGAAUGAAUGUGAAGACUCCACUGCAGUUACAUGUACAUGUAUAUUAUUAAUAAUUUUUAUGAUUCACCAACAUACAUGUACAUCUACAUGUAUGUUGGUGAUGGUCACUCAAUCUACAAUGUACAUGUACAUUUAUGUCGGGAUUUGUGCUAAAACGCAGAAAUACCAGAACUUGUAAAGCUGGCAUUUUGUGAAGGA